AUGGAUUUCGCCUCGAAGAUUUUUAUUGUUCUUAGUCCUCAGUUGGAGGAGGCAAAAUUGUGUGACGGGAUUACUGAAUUGCAGUUACAAAAUUAUCUGAUUCCCUUUUUGCCGCUCUCCUUCCUCGUUGACGAUGACUUCAUUGCUGGAUUCUGUCACAGGGGUGUUGUAGACAUCAUCCCCCUGGCCCACCACAAUGACCUCGAAGUGUUUGUACGAAAGAAUAUGCUGACUAUAAAUAUGUCCGCAUCCGUCUACUCUGCCUUCGGUUUGGCUGGCGUCAAAUUCAUGUGCAACAACCGCAAAAUGUAUCACUUCAACAUUCACCUGGGCUGGCCUACCUUCAAGCGGAACGAUAACGCACACAUGCGUCUGCGCAACUUCUUUACCAGUGAGGAGGUCACUUCACGUCGGCCUCCUGGUCCCUGCGUGGUGCGUUGGGCCGUGAAUAAGAAUAUUGAUUGGACACGGGCUGAAAAUGGUGGCCUCGCCGAGGCUCCGCACCCCUACUCUUUGGCUCGCUUUCUAGCCUCAGAUUUCCGCAUUGCCAUCCCCACGGUGGAAGUUUGCAAUCUGGAGGCAGGAGCCGAGGUGCCGCGCUUCAUUGAGGCCAACGCCGCGGUGGAUCACCCGUCGGGAUCGUCUGUUGACCACGAAUCGGCACGCAUUGCGCACUCCACUCUUCAACAAAUUGCUGCCGGGGUUUAUCCUGCAAAGUAA